CUUGUGUGUCGAUGCAGAGUGAAGGGUGGAAGACACAGCAGAGUAUGUCCCAAUACCGCAGCUUUUAAAGACCAACCCCGGUGCAACACUUCCUACAGAGGAAACAUCCUGCACCCAGCAACAUGCACUAAAGCCAAGGAAACCGAAGCAACACAUCUCUGAAAUGGGCAGCGCGUCUGUGACGCCAAAGUCACAUUAACCUGCUUGGUCGGCACGGCAGAACAGACAAGACGGUCUGUCUGCGGCAAACGAAACAGAACGGACCGGUACGGAUGUGAGGUGGAAAGAGCAGACAGGAAGAGAUGCGCAGGGUUCGACGAAAGGGCGGAAACAAGGAGAAGGUGUUUGGAUGUGACCUGCUGGAGCACCUCAACGCCUCCUCUCAACAGAUUCCCCAGGUUUUGCGGUGCUGCAGCGAGUUUGUUGAGCACAAUGGGAUUGUGGAUGGAAUCUACAGAUUAUCUGGGGUCUCUUCCAACAUACAGAAGCUGAGGGGCGAGUUUGAAAGCGACGGCGGUCCAGAUCUCAACAAAGAUGUGUACCUGCAGGACAUCCACUGCGUCAGCUCUCUGUGCAAAGCUUAUUUCAGAGAGCUGCCAAACCCCCUGCUCACAUACCAGCUGUAUGACAAGUUCGCGGAGGCGGUGGCCAUCCAGCUGGAGGAGGAGAGGCUGGUGAAGAUCCGAGAUGUGCUGAAAGAACUGCCAGAGCCACAUUACAGGACUCUGGAGUUUCUGAUGCGUCAUCUUGUCAGAAUGGCUUCGUUUUCCUCGCAGACCAACAUGCACUCCAGGAACCUGGCCAUCGUCUGGGCGCCCAACCUGCUCAGGUCAAAGGACAUCGAGGCGUCGGGCUUCAACGGCACAGCAGCUUUCAUGGAGGUGAGGGUCCAGUCCAUCGUGGUGGAGUUCAUCCUCACACACGUCCCGCAGCUGUUUCCCGAACAAGGUGUGUCAAACCAGAGGCGGAAGUCCCUCCCCUCGCCGUCAGCGACGCCCACUCAGGAAGGCUUGUUUAAUCCGGUGCCCACUCCGUGUGCCGCCAGCUUCGGGAACAUCAGUCCUGGAGACGGCCCUCUAGCUAUGAGACCCUACCAUGCCAUCAUUGAAGGCACAGACAAGAGAAAAGGCUCUCUCAAAGGGAGGAAGUGGAUGUCCAUCUUCAACAUCGGGGGCCGGUUCCAUGACCAGCGCCGGAGGCACAAACACUCAGCCAAAGAGAAAGAAAGGUCUGCUUUGAGACCUGCCAGGAGCAUGGACUCCCUCAGCACGCCGUCCUACCCCAGCGAAGGUGCGAGGGUCCCUGCUCAGCGGCCCCCCUCCACUCACACGCCCCCCGCCCCUGCCCCCACGCCCCCGUCCGGCUCAGACGCCGCAGCGUCCACCGGCACCAUCGGGGCCAGCGAAUACGCCGUGACCUACCGCCGGGGCACGGGCUUGGUCAGCGGCGGCGGAGGCACCCAGGGUACCUACACCCCUCUGGAUCCAGAGGGCCUGUCGGGGAGCGAGGCUCUUCAGUCCAGAUCCCCGGGAGUCUCUACCAAAGUCGGCCGGAGAGCAGCCAUGCACAUCACCGGCCCCACCAUGGUGACCGUGCCUCUGCACAUCACCUCCACCCUGGCUGUGGGCGUGCUGAAGGGGGGCGACAGGGUCAUCCACCGCGGCAGAGACAAGGACGGAGGGCAGAGGGCGGAGCUGAAGGAAGGAGGUGCGAAGGUAGAGAAGAAGCAAAUCAAUGAAAUACAGCCGAAAGUGGAAGAAGGCGGAAAGGCGGAGGGGAAGAGCGACGGCCAUGAGGAGAAAAACAGACGAGAAGCCGUAGAGCUGGAACGCAGCGCAGCGGAUCAGGAAGACACUGACGGAACGGGCGUGGCCACAGAGGAAGACCAGGAUGAAGAGGCGCCAAGAAAUUCAGAGCAGGGGCCAGUGAUGAGUUCUGAAAGUGAGACGGCAGAGCCAGGAGAAGACAGCCUCAGUUCAAACUCUGAAGACGACCAGGACCAGAAUGAAGAAGACGCUGAUACUAACAGCGACUACAUAGUGAUGAGCGCAGCGGAGCGUUACCAUCCUGAGCAGCGAGGCGACGGCUGGCCGGAGCCUCCUGACCUCCUCAGCUCCACCGGGCUGGAGGAGGACGACCAGGCGUUGUCCGGCUACGUUCAGGAUAACUUUGACUUCCUGGACCAGAUGGACUGCAGCGGCCUGGAGCACAUGGACUGCAGCGCUCCCUAUCAGGUGACCGAGUUCUCAGUUGAGCCUCCUGGUCACUCUGACGAGGAGUACGAGAUGAUGCACCCGUCCUCCCAGCAGCCCGGCCCUGAAACACACACCGAGCCGAAGCCGCACAGGCCGCUCAGCCUCGACUUACACAGUCGACACACUAAAUCCCUCAGCCUGCCCCAGAUGGUGUCUCCCUGCCACGGGCCGGACGAGCCCAGCUCCGAGGACGACAGCGACGCCACGGAGUCCAGCUUCGAGGACGACGAGGGCAUGUUUGUCAAAAGCCUCCCGGCGGAUUACUUCCUGAACUCUCUGAGCGGGUUCGAACAGGACGCCGACACAGAGGACAGUCCUGUCGGAGGUCCUGCUCGUCCCCUGCUCGUCCCCUCCGGUCCAACAGAGAGCCAGUCAGCAAACCGUGGACUUCCUGUCUGCAUAGGAGGCAAAGACAAAGAUCGACCUGAAGAGAAGGCAACAGGAAAAGAUGAAGAGGACGACCAAGUUUACCAAGAAGAGCCGGACAACAACGCACAGAGUCAAACAACAGAGGAGGAUUCAAAGUCCGUGACUGAUGCUGGAGGUGCAGAGCCUCUGUCUGCAGAGACGGCGCCCUGCGGCGAGGACCUCCCACCGCCCUGCGAUGAGGACCUCCCACCGCCCUGCGGCGAGGACCUCCCACCGCCCUGCGGUGAGGACCUCCCACCGCCCUGCGGCCAGGACCUCCCACCGCCCUGCGGCGAGGACCUCCCACCGCCCUGCGAUGAGGACCUCCCACCGCCCUGCGGCGAGGACUUCCCUCUGCCCAGCGGCGAGGACCUCCCACCGCCCUGCGGCGAGGACAGUGUGGAGGAGAAUCUUCACCACGGAUCCACACGCGCUGCAGAGGAAGGCACGUCUGUUACAUUAACAGAGCAUCAGAGUGACGUUAGAGAGGAUCCACCAGACAGAGGCGGCCACCAGAGAGAGGACGCCCGUCACCAGUUUGUUCCGGUGUCAGAGAACAACAGUGAGAACAUGUGUGAGGAACCCGUCCAGAGGAUGAGUGAAGCUGACGGAGCUCAUGGGUGGGACGGUGCGGCUGUCUGGGAUGAGCGAGAGGAUGCAGAGGUGGAAACUGAGGAUAGAGCUGAGGCCUCAGGGGCGAGAGCGCAAGAAACAGAGCAAGGAAGGAAAAACAAAACGGGGAGGAAGAAGGGAGGAAACCCCACUGAGCCAGAGGCGCAGAGAGACUUUGUAAAACAAGAGGCAGAUUCAGCAAAGAGGUGUGAGUUUGAGAAGGGAAGCCAAAAGGAGACCGCCAUCAGCAGAGAGGUGCAGGAUCCCAGCAGAGGAGAAGUUACAAAACAGCCGGAGAAGCAGAACCAGGCGCCUCCGGUCCCGUCGGGUUCAGGUGAAAAGCUAAAAGAGGCGAGGGAGUCAGCGGAGGGCAGGCGGGCCGGCGUGAGUCCGAGCAGGGCGGAGGGCGUCGGGAGAAAGCUGGUGGUCACCAAACACCCCAGGGUGUACCAGGUCAGAGCCGUGCCGGUGGUUCCCCCGAAGCCGCACCACUGCAGAAUCACCGCCCUGACCCUGCGGCAGCAGGAGCGAGAGAGGAAGGACGCCGACCGAGGCAGGGAGAAGGCGGGCGACGCCCCGGCCGACCGGGACGCCGCCGGCGAGGACGACGGCGCCGACAGGAGAGAGAUCAGGAGGAGGGAUGUCCCCGACAGGAACAGCCCGCUCAGCAUGUGCUUCGACGAGGCCGUCGCCAUAGCAACCAUGAGGCGAGAAAAAGAGAGGCGGGAAGGAGAGGCAGAGGCCGAGGGAAAGUAAACUCAUUUAAACUGGACUUUCUGUACAUCGUUGCAUAAAAUGCUACAUAAGGCUCUUUUUUCUUACAUAGGUAGAAUAUUUCUUUCAACAUAAAGUAAAACGGUGUCGUCUGUCUAAAAAGGAAGGUUUCUAGGAGGUAGAUCUUUAUUGUUAUUCUGUUUGAGUUGUAGAGAGCUGACAUCAAAUGGAUCGACAGCUGAAGUCUGGAUGCUUCUGCAUUCAUGUGUCUGAAAACCGGGGUUUCUUCGUCAGAUAAAGAUGUAUGCUAUUCUGGGAUCAAUAUUGAGUUUACUAAAACUGAAACACUGGGAGUGAAGAUGACAAAUCAUCUUAUGUGGAAAGGCAUGAUUGGUCUGUUAAAAUACAGAGUGAGCUCAAAGAUUUGACUUCAGUCUUGCUUACAAACACUGGUAAUAUACCAAACAGUUUUUUUUUUUUCCAUUUUCAAACGUCAUGCCAGUCAACUGAAUAAAGUAUAGUUCUUUUAACAUGCAGGUGAAAAGAUGAAUGAAACAUGAGGCGAGUGUGGAAAAGACUGGCAAAACAGUAGUGCUGUCAAUUUUAAUCGCGAUUAAUCCACUGAGGUCUGCCAAUUGGGUCAAAGAAAAGAACUAGAGGAUAAUAGUGUUUUUUCCUGACAUUGGGACUGAUUUAUGAGGAUUAGAUUCUUCAU